AUGGCUGUGCCCUUGUUGAGACAUAUUGGCUGUCAUUGCCUCUGUGCCCACCUUGGUCCUCAGCUCUGUAUCAGAAAUGCUGUUCCUUUGGAAACCACAGCCAGAGAAGAGAUGGAGAGGUUCUGGAAUAACAACAGUGGUUCAGAGCACCCUUUGUCUCCCCAUAUCGCUAUCUGUAGCUGGUCUCUUCCCAUGGUGAUGUCCAUUUGCCACCAUGACAUUGGUAUUGCCUUGAGUGCAGGGGUCUCUCUUUUUAAAGGGCCUGACAGUUCCCCAGCUAUACCAGUCAGGAGUGCGUGUCUUGGUUCUUACCGUGUUGUCCUCUGUAGGGCUGGCAGCCCUGUGAAGAGCCGAAGUUCCCAGCAUCAUCUUCCUACAAAUUAUUACAUUGACCUGUCUUCCUGCUUGUCACUCCUGUCUUCAGCCAGGGCAAAGUUCUCCUGA